AACUGUUAUUUCUUAGGAAAUAUUUAAUGUUACAGGUUUUAGCUAACAUAAACGUUUUGUACUCAUACGUACUCAAAAAACCAGGAAAUCACGAUGUCUUGUCAAAUGGACUUGCCGAGGCAAUGGUUACGUUAUGUGGAGCCGCGAGUUCGUACUUAAUUGGAAAAGUGGAAUGUGAUUGGGCGCGCUAUGGUGAUAUGUUCACAGCAUUUUGCUCUAUUGUCAUGGGAGUGCUAAUAAUGUCAUGUUACUUUUAUGAUAAACUCAUUUUUAUAUAUUUGGCAUACAUAUUAUUUGGUCUCAUAUGUCAAAUGCAUUUUGUCAUAAUCUAGUGAGUAAAAUAUAUUUUUAAUAGUCUGAU